AUGAGAAUAGCAAGCUGUAGGUGUUCCAGUGUUCGGUUGCUGAUACUGCUGGUCGUCUCGUCGUUGAGCCAUGUGUCGUCGGCCAGAAAACUGAGAGGUACUCGAGCAAGGGGCCGAGGACUCAACCAAGAUGGCUUACUCUUCACGGAGGGUCGAAAGGGCGGCGACAGAAACGAAUACGAUCACCAAGAAAGCGAAGAAGAUUACUGGGAUGAUGCACAAGAUAGCCGAGAGGGACCAGCUGGACCUGCGUCGCCGGACAACGCUGGUGGAACCAACAAGCAAAAGGGAGAAUCGUUCUACGAUAGACCAGCCAUGAAGUUUAACAAAGAAUCGAAGACGAAAACAGUCGGAAACAAGGCCACUAGCAGAGAAGAGCCCAGUAUGAAGAGUACUGAGGAACCCAGUAUAAAGUAUAAGUCCGCAACCACGGCACCUGACGACUCGAUGGACAGCGAUGUACCUCGUGAGCGCCCAUCAGAAGACUACGAAGACACGCCAGCGCCAGUUCCAAAAGGGGGCAACAAAGGCUCCAAGCCAGACUAUGAAGAAGAAGAAGAAGAUGAAGAGCCGGAAGAUUAUAAUCCUCCUCCAGAACCCGGGAAGUAUGCAAAGGACACUGAUGAAGAGGACGGCUACGAGGAAGCAUAUGACGAAACUGAUGUGCCGACACAAGUACCAGUGGAGCCUGACGCCAGGGAAGGAUACUCUGCCAAAGCUGCUGGCAAUGCUGCUGGCAAUGACUUGAACCAGGUGGAGUUCGUACUAAGCCAGUUUGGGCUCGAGUUUGAGCUUGCAGGUUUGACCACUACCAGCACACCACAGACAAUGGAUUUUGCCGAAGUAGAAGCUGCCACGAAGGGUUUUCUGGAAGAGUUCCUUGAAUUGACCUACAGUGCAGAUCCCAUGAUCUUCUUUCACAGUGUGGAAAUCGAAGCAACCUCGAGGAGAACCGGUGGAACUUCCAUGACACCAUUCAUCGACUUCGAAGCAAGCGUCGCAUUCGUCAACAACUCUCCCAUGACGCCAACCAAUGAUGAGAUUGGACUUACCAUUUCGGCAGCAUUGGCCGAGCCUAACCUGACUGCCUAUCUCUUAUCUCUUCAGGGACGGCUCAGCGUUUCUAACCCGUUCUUGUCGACCUCAGGAGUUACGGUUUAUGUUCCAGACGCGAGA